AUGAGAAGACUCGCAAAAAGGCAAAAGGGGGCAGAAAAGCCGAGCGCUGACAGGCCCCGCCCCCGGGCCGCGCGCCCCGCCCCGCCGCUGCUUUGCAUGAGAAAGCGCAGCGGCCCGGGGCAGCCUCCUCCCCGCCGCCCCGCCGCCCCGCCGCGGGCUCCCGGGCCCCGCGGGGGCCAAUCCCACCCCGCCUGCAGCCCAGCGGGGGGCGCAGCGCCGAGUCCCGCCCGCGUCGCCCGCCAGCCCCAGGACAGCCCGCCUGGCGCGCGGGGCUCUGCGCGCUGCGACCCACCCCGGCAGUCCCUCCCGCCUCUCCUCGCCCUCUCUCUGCCUGGCCUCCAACUUUGCCUCUUGCUAUCCUCUCCGCCGGCGCCCCCUUUCCCGGCGGUCCCCGGGAUGGUCCCCGGCACCCCGAGGACGCCGAGGUUACGGGAAGUUCGGGGACUGGCGGGAGAAGGGGUUGGGGGGGUGGUCCGCGGCGAGGGGCGCGGGGCGCAUCUUCUCUUCCUUUUAUGGGCUGCUACACUUGUGUGUCCCUUCUUCCUUGAAUUUAACCAGGAGUGAGCAGUGGACAGCUUCUUCCCUGUGAGAAGGAGGUGAAGCAGGACCUGAAAUCCCGUGCUCAGCUCCCACAGCCCCCGUGUCCAGGACAAGUCCUUUGCUGAAUCAGCAGCAGACACCACCCAGAGCCCUUCGGGAGCCUUUACCUGUUCUUCCAGCAUGGAUGUGAAACUCCGUUCCCACUUCCUGCAGCCUCCCAGAGAUAGUUCAGGUUCCAGCCUCAUAUGAUAGCAUGAAGAGAAACUGUGGUUCCAAUAGCUGUGUGCUCUGCUCCCCUCAUCCCAAACAACAAUUUAAAUGCACAAUUACACUUUUCUCUAAGGCCCAAAAUAGGAUAGGAAAGAUCGUUUUGCUAUCCCUGAAUGCCUGUCACCCUUGUUUCAUAAGGUAAGAUUGGGGAAGGACUUGGCCACUGCCCUU